UAAACCCCUUCACCGCUGCCGCCAAUGCCUUCCAUAGACGCCAAUAGUGGCUUCUGUUCCGAACUAAAAACCUUCCAUAGCCUCCGGCCGGCUGUCCCACUCCCUCCGCCUUCGCAUCCUCUCUCUUUUCCGGUCUUCGCCCUUUCCCUCCUACCCUCUCCUCUCCCCUCCCACCCCGCCCUCAUCGACGCCGCCACCUCCGCUUCCGUCUCCUUUCCAGCCUUCUUCUCCCGCGUCAACUCUCUCGCUUUUGCCCUCCAGGACCAUGCGGGCCUCUCCCGCGGCCAAGUGGCAUUCAUCCUCUCCCCUGCUACCAUCGACAUUCCCAUCCUCUACUUCGCCCUCCUCUCUCUUGGCGUCACCGUUUCCCCCGCUAACCCCGCGGCCACUCCCGCCGAGCUCUCCCGUCUCGUCCGCCUAACCAACCCGUCCAUCGCCUUCGCCGUCUCCUCCACCGUCUCCAAGCUCCCUUCUAAUCUUCCCACUCUCUUCCUCGACUCCCCGACCUUCCACUCCUUCCUCGAAACCGACGCCAUCUUCCCCUCACCUUCCCCAGCCAUCGAACAGUCCGAUGUGGCGGCGAUACAGUUCUCCUCCGGGACGACGGGCCACAUGAAGGCUGCAGCGCUUACGCAUCGCAAUUUCAUCGCAAUGACGGCUGGGUUCCACGCCCUGCAACCGAGCCGGGCCGGGCCGGACGUGAAUCUGCUCUCGGCGCCGAUGUUCCAUUCGCUGGGAUUCUUUUUUGGGCUGAGAACGGUAGCGCUCGGGGAUACGUUGGUGGUGAUGGAUAGGGUGACUUUUCCGGAUAUGAUGCGCGCUGCGGAGAAGUACGGCGUCACGCAGAUGACGGCGGCGCCGCCGGUAGUUUUUGCGAUGGCUAGGUCGGAGGACGUGAUGCGGCAAGACCUAUCGGCGUUGAAACGGAUAUUCUGCGGUGGGGCGCCGUUGUCGGAGGAUGCGGUGGAGAGAUUCUCGGCACGUUUCCCUGGCAUCUUGAUUUGUCAGGGAUAUGGCUCGACGGAAGCAGGAGGGAUUUCCAGGAUGAUUUACGCAGAGGAAUGCAAGCAACAAAGGUCUGUUGGCCGCCUUAGUGAGAACCUUGAGGCUAAAAUCGUCGAUCCCCUCAGCGGAGAAUUCCUGUCUGUAGGCCAACAUGGUGAGUUGUGGGUACGAAGCCCUGCAGUCAUGAAAGGAUACGUUGGUGAUGAGGCGGCAAAUGCGGAGACAUUUGAUGCCCAAGGCUGGUUGAAGACUGGAGACCUCUGCUACAUUGAUGAGAAUGGCUACAUUUACAUUGUUGAUAGGUUAAAGGAGCUCAUAAAGUACAAAGCUUAUCAGGUUCCACCUGCUGAACUGGAACAAAUUCUUCAGACUUCACCGGAAAUUGUUGAUGCUGCUGUUAUCCCAUAUCCACAAGAAGAAGUAGGACAGAUACCCAUGGCAUUUGUGGUGAGGCAACCAGGAAGCAAAAUUAGUGAAGUGGAGGUGAUGGAUUAUGUGGCAAAGAAGGUUGCACCAUAUAAGAAAAUACGCAAAGUCUCUUUUGUCAAUUCCAUUCCAAAGUCUGCAUCUGGAAAGAUCUUGAGAAAGGAAUUGGCUACCUAUGCAAUGUCUGCUCCAGUGUCCAGGCUAUAAUCCCACUAGGACAGUAUUAUUUUCCUAAUGAGUGCAAAAUAAGGCAUUGUGAUUUGUCGUUGGGUUAUUAUCCCACCAGGCUUGUAUGGCAAAAAUCAGAGGAA